AUGAUGACAGCCAGGAGUUUUGUGGUGGUGUGCGCACUCGCACUGUUCUUGGCGGCGAGCGCGCGAGGCGACGACAAAGGAGGAGAGGGAGGCCCCUGCACGGGCGGACACUGGCCGGACGAUCGAGGAUGCUGCCCCGACGUCAUCAAGAACAAGCCCUACUACCGCGACGCCCGCAAGUGCUACCCCAGGGACGGACCUCGCGGCGUGCUCUAUCCUGACUCCUUCGGGUGCUACCCCGACGAGCAGGGCAAGUACAAGUCGGCCACGGAGGACUGCCCGAAGGACAGGCGGUGCGAGGCGCGGUGCAUCCAGCCCAGGCCCAAGUACCAGUGGGACAACACCAAGGACGACCGUGAGCACCAGUGGCUCGACGCAGCGAACGCGCUGCCCGCCGCCGACGACGUCAAUCCGCACCAGCCGCUCGACGCCAAGACCAAGGGGGGCAAGGGCGACGACAUGAAGGUGAGUCCGGGCCAUAUGGUCAAGUGCAACAGCGGCCAGCGGCCGGACAGCAAGGGCUGCUGCCCGCGUGAGAUUCAGGGGAAGUGGUACUACCGCGACCGCCACGGGUGCUACCCCAUCCAGACCCUCGUCGUGGGCCACGGCAGCAGCGGCGCCGGCCUCUACGCCGACGACCAGGGCUGCUACCCCGACCGCAGCACUGGUCGGUACCUCAAGCCCGGCGAGAAGUGCCCCGAACACCGGCGAUGCUACCCCACGUGCGACGGGGGCGCUAAGCACUGA